AAGACAACCCUGGCCUUUCUCAUCGCAUGCUUGUGUGCAGUUGCUAGGUCCCAGACUGGAGGAAACAAAGCUUCAGUGGGAAGUGACACCUUCUCUGAUGGCAAAGUCGUUGUGCAACAACUUUGUAAUUCGGGUGCUCCUACAAAUGAAAGCAGCGCCCUCAAGAAAGAAAUUAAGCAACUGAAAGAGGAAUUACUUCAACGACUAGACGAGAAGUUCAGCAAAGGUAAAGAGAGCAAUGAAAAUUCUGACCAUGAUUUCUUUCACACUAGCUCACACUGUAUUGUGCGCAACCUAACUUCAACUUACUGCAGAUUCCGACUGGACAUAGAAUGCUUCAACAUUUGCAGUACAACAGUCCUGAUAGCGAUUCGUAUCGGAACUGAUUAUUGCUCUGGGAGAACCAGCCAAUUUAUUCUUCUAUUACUGUUGCUUAGCCAACCCUAUCGUGUAAAAAAAUGCACCUUGGCCAACUCUUUCAGCUUGUCUCACUUAUUAUUCUCAUUUUUCAUUUGCUCCUCAUUUUUUGAACCAACUAAGGCAACGCAACUAAGGAGAAUAAAACCCCUUGCCCCCUGAAUAAAUUCUAAAUCCAUUGUGUAAUCUGAAAUUAGAGCCUGGGUAUUAAAAACUUGAGUGCUGUGAAAAUCCUGUCGCGUUUAUUUUUUACGCAAACCAUUCACCCUGGGUGGUAAAUUGAAUAUGGCAGCUUUGAGAGAAGGCUUCCUGCACCAUUGUAAUUAUUUUCUAACUAAUGUAAUUGCGUAAAAAGUUUAACUUACGAUUGGAAAGCUAGGAAAAAAACAGAUUUCUCAAAUUGAAAUUAUUUACUUAGCUGUUUAACAGUAGAAUUAAAAGAGUAGUAACAACAAAAUGAUUUUCACGUCACUUAAAACACUAUGUGCCUUGACGGAUGUUGAAGGUUGAUGUCACUGGAAAGCUUAAUGUUCCAGGACGAAAUUAUGAAUUAGUUGACAAAAAGUCAAGACUGAAAAAUCAUGUCGCAUUUUAAUUUGUCUUGCUCGGUUUCGAUUGAUUUCUGAUUAUGUUGCUGAAGUAGCCAGGAUGAUGGAUCGUUUAAAGUCACCGAGUGGAACUUUUCAUGUGCAGAAAGUUACUUAAUCAUAAAAAAAUUAAAGACAAACAGCGUUGAUAAACAUUGUGAGUUUUCGCAUUUUCAUAAACUUGACGUUUCGUAUGCUAUUCAACAUAUACUUUCAAAAAUGAUCUAAAGUGACUGUUAAAGAAAGUGACGAGACUAUAUAUUCAAAAAUUACAAGGGGUCUGGAAACGAGAUUAAGAAUGUAAAAAUUCUUAAUAGUAAUAAAUACAAAAGACAACAGCUAAUAAAGCAUCAUCUUUUCACUGCUGAUGUUGACUCGUUCAAGAACCGAGCAACUGAUAAAACUGGACCGACUUAUCGACCGAUAUCAGUAUCGAGCGACGCCCCCUGUAAGACAAAUUAUUUUUCAUUCAGGAUAUUUCUUCAUCUCUGAUUGGCUUGAAUAAAACAUCAUUUGAUAAGGCCGACGUAAUGGGGAGCAGCUCGUUUCGAUCGAAGUCUUUUCAGUUUGCUGACAAUGGCUUUUAAAUUUGUCAAAAAUGCCGUACCAAAUAACCACGAGUAACCUGGCGAGUACAAUCGAUAAAAUCCAAAUAGGAAAACCAGUCUGUAAAAUCGACAACUAUAGAUAAUUCAUAGCUGAUAUUGAUAUCGAUAUCGAUAUAUCUAUCAAUCAAUAAAAAUCAAUGGCCACACCGAUUCUAUCGAUUUCACUGGCUUCGAGGACAGCUGGUUUUCCUAACGCCCUACUUCCAAUAAAAUACAUUGGAAACUGCGCGUCUUCAGAUGAGCGUGUUUGAAGAAGACGCGUUAAGCUAGGGAUCGGCAAUAUCUUGGAAGCUGCAAGGGUUUUGCUCACAAACUGUACCACACUGAGAACUAUGUUGAGCACUGGGCUAUCCUCAAGACUUGAAAUGUUGUACUAACAUGUUAUCAAAACAUUCAUAGAAUAGUAGUGAUAUUUUGUAAGUGAAGCCUUUCUUUUCUAAUGUUUCCCUACUCUAAAACAUGUUGAAAAACUUAGCCCCUAUAAAAUCGAUAAUUUUGAUAAAAACCAAUUAAGGUGAAUGAAAAAUUUAUAGUUAUUGAUUGGUCAUAACUCUUCCACUAUCGAUUUUCGAUUCAAUUAAUCAACUUUAUCAAUUGUUAUCAAAUGUUAUCAAUUGUCGGAUUUUUGCGGAUUGCAUACAUAGGCCUAUAAAACUCAGUUCCAUGAAUUGUAUAUUUUUCUUUAGACCCAUGGAUUAAAGUAAAUACUGCGCCAGUGUGUUUUGGCGAGAGAGAAGACCAGUUUGGUAAGUUCUUUGUUCCAUCCAGUGGCAAACUAGCGUCAGUGAAAUUGGUCCACGUCUAUGGUUAUGUGACGUGUGAUACGAACAAAGCUUACCAUUGGUCUUAUUGGGGAUGCGGGAAGCACUCUAGUUUGACGAAUCAUGUAGACACUACAGUAACAACCUCGGACGGUCAAGUUCUUUUGCCUUCAAGCCAGUUCAUCACUGACGUGACACACAAGUGGUCGUUGAUUCCUGGUUACAACUCGCUUUCUCCAGAGCUGGUGCUGUCUGCUUUCUCCAACCCUCCAAACGUGACUGGAGGACAGGAGCUACGUCUGUGGUAUGGAGAAGAUCUAGCAAAUAGCAGUGAGGCGGACAAUGGAGGAAAGUCGUGCUGCGAUAUUUAUGCUCGUUUCAUAUGA